AUGGGCUUUGGCGGGGCGAAGAGGAGGAGGGAGGGAGGGAAGACGCCGGAGAAGAAGAAGGAGGAGGAGAAGGAGAGAGGGGAGCGACAGAGAAAGAAGGAGAAAGCUGCUAGCAGGGCUGUCGGAGAAGAGACGGCCGCACAGGCAAGCUUGACGCCAGCAAAGAAGUCCAAGGCACAGAAGCAGGGAAGUGAUAAGGACAAAGACCGUGACAAGACUAGACCUGAUGAGGCCGAGGAAGCAGACGGUGUGAGCAGCACUCCUACUGCAAAUGCAGAGAUAGAGAAAGAUGAAGAAGGUGGUGACCCUGAGGAGAUGGAUGAGCCAUCCCAGCAGGGAGGGGACCAGGAAGAGCAGAACGACGACGAGUCGGUGCCGUCAGGACGCGAGUCUGAUGCAGAAAUGACGGAAACCAGGAUGCAGGAGGAGGCAGAACACAACGGAGACUUCUUCGAGAUCGAGGAUGGGGACCUUGCAGAUGAUAGCUUCAGGGACUCGAAGCAGCCGAACCAGGAGGACAGUGAAGCGUUCGAACUGCUUAACUGCUGGAAGCCGCAGAAGAGAAAUCCCUGGGAGACCAUCUAUAUCCAAGGACACGCGUGGAUCAAGGUGCUGGAGGGCACCUGCACAGUCUUCGGGGCCAAGAUGACAAAGGAGACGGGAAGGAAUACGAUCCAUGCGGUCCCUCCUUACGGGCCCAUUGGAGUAGAGGCCGGUUCCUCCUCCAUCUCUCAAUUCAGCAACGCGAGAUGGGAGGAGGAGGAGGAGGGGGAGGAAGGGGGCGCGGAGGAUCUUGCGAGGAUGGUAAGGGACAAGAUCCAGGAGCAGCAGGUCGCCUGCAUCUUGGUCCUCUGCAAGUAUACAUCGGAGAGCGGGAAGGAGGAGAUGGCGGGAAGGAGGAGAGGGAGGAAGUACAGCUGGAAGGAUGUGGGGGCAGAAGAGGAGGAGGCAGCUUCCUUGCUCCGCAGCAGCUGCGGCUGCAACAUCAUCUUGAGCUCUUCUAGCUGCAAGCAGCAGCCCAUGCAGAUUCCUGCGGACUGGAGGGCGAUAGGAGACGCUGUGCUCGGUAUGUUCGGACAGCCAGGAAGGAGCGAGCAGGAGCUCAAGCUUGCACUCGUUGGAGCCAAGGGGAGCGGGAAGGUUAGAAACAGACCUGCUGGUGCUGAUUCUGGUGCUGGUGCUGGUGCUGGUGCUGAUUCUGGUGCUGGUGCUGGUGCUGGUGCUGGUGCUGGUGCUGGUGCUGGUGCUGGUGCUGGUGCUGGUGCUGGUGCUGCUUUGUUUUCUUGUCUGCUCCCUGUUCGCCCUUCCUUCGACUCCUCGCUGAUCUUGCUAUGCAGUCGACGCUCAGUCGCUUCCUGA